AUGGAAGAUGUUGAGUACGAAGAUGAGAAGAGGGAUUUUGGAGACCCUAUUUAUGAUGAAGGGGAUGAGAUUCUAGUUGAAGCCUAUGAGGGUCAAAUCCUUGUUAUGAGGAGGGCACUUUACUCCAUUUCUACCCCUUUGGCGGAAGAGAAAAGGGAAAACAUCUUCCGAACUCGUUGCACCAUUAAGGAUCGAGUUUGCAACCUUAUCAUUGAUUGUGGCUCUUGCACUAAUGUGGCUUCAACAACAUUGGUGAUCAAGCUCAAUCUUGAAACUACCGAUCAUCCUACUCCCUACAAGAUUCAAUGGCAUAACAAUCACAAUGAGGUGAAGGUAAUGAAACAAACACUUCUUUCUUUCUCAAUUGGCAAGCUAUAUAAGGAUGAGGUGCUUUGUGAUGUACUUCCUAUGGAUGCUUGUCAUGUAUUGCUUGGUAGACCUUGGCAAUUUGAUAGAGAUGUAAUGCAUGAUGGAAGAAAGAACACUUUUUCAUUCAUGAUGGAUAAGAAGAAUAUUGUACUCUACCCCUUGUCCCCCACCAUCAAACACAAAGAAUCUUUGGGUACAGGAAACACCAUCAAAGAGAAACUUCUAAUUGGGGAAAAUAAGAUAGGAAAGGAGAUAAAUCAAGGACACCUUGUAUUUAUUUGUCUUCUUAGGGAAACACAAGAGAGUGAGCGAGAGAACCCAAUCCAACCCCUUGUAAAGGAAGUAUUGGUUGAGUACCAUGAUGUUUUUCCCGAUGAUCUCCCACCCGGUUUGCCACCUAUUAUGGGAAUUGAGCAUCAAAUCGAUCUUAUUCCUGGAUCACAACUCCCUAAUAGACCGACUUAUAGGUGUACCCUCGAUGAAGCAAGAGAGCUUCAAAGACAAGUUGGUGAGUUGAUGAAAAGAGGAUUUGUGAGAGAAUCCCUUAGCCCUUGUUUGGUAUCGGCUCUUUUGGUUCCGACAAAGGAUGGUACAUGGAGGAUGUGUGUGGAUAGUAGGGCCAUCAAUAACAUCACCAUCAAGUAUCGCUUCCCUAUUCCCCGACUUGAUGAUAUGCUAGAUGAGUUACAUGGUUCCAAGGUGUUUUCAAAGAUUGACUUGAGGAUGGGGUACCAUAAAAUUCACAUGCGUGAAGGAGAUGAGUGGAAGACCGCUUUCAAGACAAAGCAAGGCUUUUAUGAGUGGUAG